AUGACAGACAGUACGUGUGCCAAGGAACAGAUCAUCGUGUACGACAGUGAGAGUGACGAUGUGGUUGCUGGCGGGGAGACGCCGAGCCGUACGGUUGCCCAAAGGGCUGAGCUGAUUUUGUUUCGGCAGCAGUGUUGCGGGUCGGCAGGAGAGAGAAAUGUUGGGAGGCAGCAGUUGGCGGACCUCGGCGGAGCAUACAGCAAACUCUGUCGUGGCUCUCCGCUCUCGCUUUGGGUGGUGGGCGCAACCCACGCGCAGCCCACUACCGCGAAUGCACUGGAACAUCCGCUUGAGCAGGCGAGUAGCCACACUCCAAAGAAGAACAGAGACGCUCCGCACGACGACCUCAUCGUGCCGAGUCCCACCGGAGGAUCGGUGUAUGGCUGCCGCUCCCCACUGCCGAAGAAGGCUGUCUGGGAUUCGACUCUGUCUGAUUUGUCGUCGGUUUCCGCUGGCAACGCGAGCUCUGCACGCCGGCGAGGGAAUGAGCGGAGAAGACGCUCAUUUAGCGCUGCUGCAAUGGAGGAGGAGGAGGAGGAGAGACUUCCGCAGUGUAGUAGCAGUUUCAACUCUACCGCCUCGCCGUCGCAGGCGUUGCCGUUGACACCUGACAGCCUCACCACGGAGUCAAUGCUAUCUCAAGCAGAACUUAGUGCAGUUCAUAUACUGGCGCAUGACAUAGAAGGCGUCGCACCUGCCUGCUGGCGUGCGAGCCAUGUGCAGCUUUCGCCGUGCGCGAUAUACGCGGAGGAUGACAAAAUGCGUCACAGAGUCACCGCUGCUGCUGAUGUUGCUCCUGAUAUUACCAGCCCUGCAGCGGUAUCAUCCGCCACUGCCUCGACCACCGCAAAGCGCAAGCGUGUGCGAGUGCAGCUUGGCGUUGUGUCGCCCUUCGACGCAAACGAGCACACGGCGCGACGCCUCCACUUUGAUACAGAGGACUUUGUAAAACCAUCGAGACCUUCCGUGUCAGGAACCGCGAUGCGAUGGUACAACGAUAAAGCACAGCAGAGAGUGGGCAUGUGUUGCCUUCUGCCGCUGUGA